AUGCAGUUACCUCCAGCGGAGGUGCUGGCAUCAUGGCCCGAACCGAACUACAUAAACCCUAUUACUCGCGGACAUUCAGUACUCAUCGUUAGCAUUGUCUGCUCAGCUUUGGCCACUAUUGUGACUGGCCUGCGUAUCUUCACCCGGGUGAAAAUAACGUGUACGGCUGGUAUGGAUGAUCUGUUGAUUAUCUUGGGCUUGCUGUUUGGCAUUGCCAUGGCCGCUGUUAUCUCAGUGGCCUCAUUCUACUACGGAUGGGACCGACAUAUGUGGGAUGUACCCUUAGAAUGGCUCCCCACGGUCUCCAAACUCAACCUCACGUUCCAAAUCCUCUUCUCCUUGUCGGCAUCGUUGACCAAGCUCUCGUUUCUGUGGUUCUGCAAGCGUAUUUUGGGGGCAGGAGGCAAGGGCCUUUACCAGGCAUACAAUCUUGCUUUGAUUGCAGCCAUGAACGCUGUGGCAGUAUCCAGCGUCCUCUUCAUGGGUCUCAGCCUCUUCCAGUGUCAUCCUAUUCAUGCAUACUGGGAUCUGAUGCCCUCGUCCCCUUACUCGUGUCUUGAUGACGGGGCGAUUGUGUUUUCCGCCAGCGUUAUCAACAUCUUUACCGACUUUGUCGUCACUCUCAUACCCAUGCCCUUGAUUUGGAACCUGAAACUCCCGACCCGACAACGGAUCGCGACGAUGUCGAUCUUUGCGUUAGGCCUGGUGGUCGACGUCGCCGGCUCUGUUCGAACCGUGUACGUGUGGAAAAGCAUGAUUGCAUCCUACGAUACGACCUGGGUUGGGUGGCCGAUUCUUCUCGCCGCCACGGUGGAAAUUAAUAUCGGCUUGAUCUGCGCCUCGGCCCCUGCAUUGCGACCUCUAAUUGCGUUCUUUUUGCCCCGCCUUCUCGGGCCCAGUUACCAGAAUGAUAGCUCGACAGGCCGGCGCACUCGCUCCAUGAAACAACUCCGGUCGUCGAUAACGAUCUCGAAGCCAUCCCGAGUCCGGUCGCGCCACUACGGUCUCUACGAGGAUUUGCCCAUGGACCGUCUCGAGGUGUUCCGCACUAUCGAGAUGAAUACAUACACUGAGAUCAGGACGUCCACCCAACCAGUGGGGAAUGUGUACGAUAUCUGCAGGAAUCCGCCUCAAUACACCCCGCGACGAACCCAUUUGUCCCGUCACAACAGCGACAUGAGUAUCCCUCUACUACUACUUACAGAAUACUCAGUAUUGGGACUCCGGGGUAUGCCGUUGAUUCUUAUCCCUACUCCUCCUCUUCCCCAGGAUUAG